AACAUUGGCCUCAUGGGCAAACCACGGGUACUUUGCAUUUGGUGACCCCGACAUGAUUACCUGUGUCGUCCGCCCUUCACUCACCCCCGACUGGGCAAAGUGUAGCAUCCAGGGCCGGCCGUCAGCGAACGGAGCACCCUCCCAAAUCGUGAGUAAUGGGCUCGGGCUUCUCGAAGGCUGAGGCUGCGCACCUGCAGGAGCUUCGGGAUAUCGUCAAAUUCUCCAUUGCAAUCUCUCAAGCGGCAGAUCGCCCGCUUCCCAUACCCCCGGAAAAGCCGCCCGUCAGCUACACGCAAAUCUUUGAGAUGGCGCGCUUCAGCAUGGGCGUCUUCAUGCUCCGCGCCAGCGCCUAUCCUCUGCACGACCACCCGGGCAUACAGGAGCUGCUGAAGGUCCUCUACGGCACCCUCCGCAUCGCCUGCUUCGACGAGCAGCCCGAGGAGCCCCAGGAUGCCCCCGAUGCUGCCGCUUCUGCCGACACCUCCGAGGCCGCCUCCUGUCCCGGCCGCCCUCGCCGCUUGCGCGCCUUCUCUGCUCGCACUGCCUCUACAUCCUCUGCGCCACCCUGCCUGCUCUCUCCGCAGCGGGACAACCUGCACCAGAUCGCGGCCGAGGGUGCCAGGCCCGCCGCCUUCCUCGACAUCCUGGCACCGCCCUACAACCCAGCCCGUGGACACGACUGCUACUACUACCAGCUGGCCGACGGGCAGAGCCUCCCGCCCGCAACCGGCCCUCUGUGGGCUCUCUGGCUGCUGGAGACCCUGCAGGCGCCCGACUUCUGGUGUGGUGGGGAGCCUUACCCGGGCCCCCGAGUCUACCCCUGAGCCAGGACAGAAGACGGACGACCUCCUUGGCUUACCUCGACAGCGGGGCUGCCGAGGGGGACGAUGCCCACCUGGACUUUCUGCUGGGUUUCAACGCCGGGUCUUGCCUGGACUUUCAAGGCCCCCUCCUCCUUCAGGGGUGUAAAACAGCAUUUCUGAGAUCAUGGAUUGACUCCCCCCUUUUUUAUUCUUUUUUUCUUGCACUCCACAGUUUGUUUUCCAUCUUUGGAUUUGUGAUUGGAACAGAAAUGAAAUAAUUGGGUCUGUCUUGGUUUUUCUUUUUCUUUGUUAUUGUGCUGUCUUCUUCACUCCCCUUUCCUGCUAUUCUCUUCCUUUUCUUUUUAACAGAUGGCUUAGAUUUGCUCGAGGUGCUAGGUUCAAGUUCAAUAUCUGCUUCAGCAAAUGGCAUUUCCGCCAUCAAGUUAUUCUCCAUUGUUUUUAAACUCCCGGUCGAAUUAUUUUGCAGCAACAAAAAGCACUGUUAGCAGCCCUGUAAGAUGA